ACUGGAAAGUGACCACUAGGUGUCCCCCGGAGGAAGAUCCGUACGCCAGCUGCAGCCUAAUGACAGCCCGGGUCACACCCCUUCCAAAAGUAUCCCCUUUUGAGGCUCGGUCAGACCCCCUGCACACUGCGGGCAGGAGAGUCACAAGAAGGGGCUGAAAAGCCGCCACCUCCUCCACCACCACCAUGUCUUACCAGAAGGAGCUGGAGAAGUAUCGGGACAUAGAUGAAGAUGCGAUCAUGGGGGCAAUGUCUGCAGAGGAGCUGGCCCAACUGGACUUGGAGCUGCAAGAGAUGGACCCUGAGAACAUUCUUCUACCGGCCGGGAUGCGCCAAAGAAACCAAACCGCAAAGACCGCCACCGGCCCUCUGGACAGAGACGCCCUCUUACAGCAUCUGGAGAAGGAGGCUCUGGAUUCGGAGGAGAGAGAAGACCUUGUUCCAUUCACUGGAGAGAAGAAGGGAAAACCCUUUAUCCCAAAACAGGCAAAGAGGGAGAUCCCUAAAGAGGAGCAGAUCACUCUAGAACCUGAGCUGGAGGAGGCCUUGGCCAACGCCACUGAUGCUGAGAUGUGCGACAUUGCAGCCAUCUUGGGGAUGUAUACACUGAUGAGUAACAAGCAGUACUAUGACGCCAUCACCACUGGAAUCAUUAGUAAUAAGGAGGGCAUCAACAGUGUUGUACAACCCGACAAAUAUAAACCUGUCCCGGACGAGCCCCCAAAUCCAACCAACGUGGAAGAAACGCUGCGGAAAAUAAAGAGCAACACCUCCGACCUGGUGGAAGUGAAUCUGAAUAAUAUCCAUGACAUUCCCAUACCGACACUGAGGGAGAUUUGUGAAGCCAUGAAGGUGAACAACCAUGUGAAGAAACUGAGUCUAGUGGCUACACGUAGCAAUGAUCCCGUGGCUUUCGCUGUGGCCGAAAUGAUUAAGGAAAAUAAGACUCUCGAGAGCUUAAACAUAGAGUCCAACUUUAUCUCCAGUGCAGGGAUGUUGGCCGUAAUUCAAGCCGUGAAGAAAAAUCCCACACUGACCGAACUCAAAGUGGACAACCAGCACCAGAACCUUGGAGACACGGUAGAGAUGGAGAUGGCCUCCAUGCUGGAGAAUUGUCCUUCUGUGGUCCGAUUUGGGUACCAUUUUACACAGCAGGGACCAAGGGCCCGAGCUUCAAAUGCCAUCACCAGAAAUCUGGAGAUGCGCCGCAAGAAGAAGAAGACCGCCCAAUGAAUCAGCUUUAUGUGUCCAACCUCAUUCAUCUCGUAGGUGGUGUCCCUGUCCCAUUUUUGCCCAGGCUUCAUUGGUAUACAUCACAUCCAUUCACCCCCUUUCCCCAUGGUUCCUCUGUGAGUGUCUCAUACUUCAUAUGACCACCUUCUAUGGUAACACUGCCUUCGAGUGUCUUAAAGUUUACUCAUCAUUUGGAAAGAAGCCAUUUUGUGAGUGUGACCGUCCAGUCUAUCAGUUUGCUAGAAGAUCCCAGGAGGCAUGUUGAGUCUUAAGGUGCCCAAGUGAAAGAUAUAGAUAUUUUGUCUCCUUGCUUUUGAUUAAAGGGGUUGUCUGGUAAUUAAAAAAUUCUUAAAAAAGGCUCUGCUUGGUGCAAAACCAUAAAAUAAGUCAAUACUCGCCUCACCGAUCCCUCACUGUUUCUAUUCAGGUGCUUCACGAUCCCGUGGUGAGCUGUACUUCCUGCUCCCUCUGACCACUCAGCCAGUCACUGGCCUUAGUGACCUGCCUUAGAAAGUAACAGGUUGAGGAGCUAUGACUUCUUUUAUUAUUUUACACAAGUCCGGAUAAUCCCUUUAAAUUAUAAUAUUAAUUGGGAGAAUAUCAUUUUCACCCUUGACAAAAUCUUGUGGUGUGGGCCCAUUUAAUGAUUGCAUCCCCAUUGUGAUGGGUGGAUCUGGGGACCCUUGUCUGAUCAGCUGGACGCUCUGGGCCCCCAUCUACCAUGUGCCAUUGAUGUGUUUUGCGGAAAGUGAGGACAGAGGGAACGGGAGCCAUGCUGGAAUAAAAGUACAAGAAUUGUAUGUAACAUGUAAAUAAAGUGACUUUGACCUGUA